AUGUCAGAUAGGAGGAGAAUCAAUGGACCUUCGGGCGGUACUUCCGCACCGAUCUACUCCAAAUACAUCCAAAAAGAUGCUGCAUCGCAGACAGAGAGACCCUCCAGAGCAAGACAGCCCAAUGUUUUGAGGAAGAUGUUCCUGAAGACUGGCGUCACUCCUUCAGCUUCAGGAUCCGCAUACCUGGAACUUGAGGCUUCAAGAGCAGCCAACUCCAGAGCCCCCGGCCUUGCUUCUCUCUCGACCUCCGGCUUGAAGCUCACCUGUACCGUCCACGGCCCUCGCCCUCUCCCCAAGUCUGCGCCUUUCUCGCCUCAUAUAAUACUCUCUACACACGUUAAAUAUGCCCCUUUCGCUACACGGAAGAGACGAGGCUAUCUGCGGGACUCGAGCGAGAGAGAUCUGAGCGUACACUUGGAAACCGCUCUCAGGGGUGUGAUCAUCGGAGACAGAUGGCCCAAGAGCGGAGUGGAAGUCAUAAUUACCAUCCUUGAAGGCGAGGAAGACCAAUGGUGGGGCGACGACCGCGGAGGGUCUACCACCGCAGGAGAAUGGGGCAUGAUGAGUGUUCUCAGUGGGUGCAUCACAGUUGCUUCAGCUGCGAUUGCCGAUGCGGGUAUUGAUUGUGUGGAUGCCGUCUCUGGUGGCGUAGCAGCUGUGGUUAAGAACAACCAAAGCAAGCAAUCGACGCUGGUUCUGGAUCCUGUUCCAUCUGAGCAUCAGGAGAUCCUUGCCGCUUGCAUUGUUGCCUACCUGCCUGCUCGAGAUGAAAUUACAGAUCUAUGGGUCAAAGGGGAAAUUGGGCAUGGAGACCGGUCAAUUAAUACGGCUCAGACAACUUCAUUUGAGGAGCUGGCUGAUAAUGCGGUACAAGCUGCGCUGGGCUCGCACCGAGUGCUUGUGGCGGCUUUGAAGGAGACUGCUAAUAUGAAGUUGGGAAAGCAUUCGGCUGGUGGUAUUGUCGACAACUUCUGA